AUGGAUAAUACAAUCACUCAAUUGCAUCGUACCAUCAAAUUUGUUCGAAUGUUCGAUGAGGCUGAUUCAUGUAUCGAGUUCCUGAGAAAUGCCCACAGUCAACAAAUUAUUCUUAUUCUUCCAAAUGAUAUUGACCAGAUUAUCAUGAAUCGCAUACAUGAUAUACAUCAACUUGAUACCAUUUACAUUUUCUCGAAUAGUGAGAUUGCACAUGAAAACUGGAGCAAACAGUGGAAAAAAGUUAAGGGUAUUUUUAAUGAUAUAUCAUUGAUUUCUAACCAAAUAAAACAAAACGUUUGUCGAUACGAACAGAAUUCAACACCAAUCAAUAUUGUCUCGACAUCUUCAGCCAUUAAUUUUAAUGAACUCAAGGCUUCGUUCAUGUACACACAAUUACUUAAAGAAAUCCUUCUGGAAAUGGAACACAAUGAACAAGGAAAAGCAGAAUUUGUCGAAUUUUGUCGUGUAAACGUUACUGAGAUCAACACGACACUGGAUGUGAUCGAUGAAUUUGACCGAGAUUUCGACAAUCAUACUCCCGUUUGGUGGUAUACAAAAGACAUAUUCAUUUAUUCAAUGCUCAACAGUGCUUUGAGAACACAAAAUAUUGAGAUUAUCCUUAAGCUUGGCUUCUUUAUACGCGAUCUCUAUCGACAAAUUGAACAAAUCUAUUCGAAUUCACAUCAAACAACAAAAAUGACUGUUUAUCGUGGUCAAGGCAUGUCGACUGCAGAUUUUGAUAAGAUCAAAAUGAGUGAAGGUGGUCUUCUAUCGUUCAAUAAUUUCUUGUCGACAAGUGACAAUCAAGAAAUCUCUCUUAUGUUUGCAGACAGUGCUCGACAAAAUUCUGAUUUAAUAGGAGUUUUCUUUCGAAUGGAAAUUGAUCCAUCGAUUUCAUCGAUUCCAUUUGCUGUCUUAGACGACGUCAGCUACUUCUCAGAUUCAGAACGAGAGAUUCUCUUUUCCAUGCAUACUGUGUUUCGAAUCGGUAAGACGCAGCAAAUUGAAGAUCGCCUAUGGGAGGUGAAACUAUAUCUCACAAGUGACAAUGAUGAACAACUGCAGCAUUUGACCGAUUACAUGCGUCAAGAAAUUCGACAGCCAACAUGGCGGCAUAGCUUGAGCACACUAAUGGUUAAGAUAGGCGAAUUUGACAGGGCCGAACUGUUGUUUAACAAAAUACUCGAGACGACUGGCAACGACGAGUUAGCACACCUUGGCUAUUUAUAUCUACAACUUGGAUCUGUCCAUAACAACAAGGGUAAUCUAACGAUUGCAUUGUCAUAUUAUCAAAAGGCACUUGAAAUUCACCAAAAAGUUCUUCCAUCCACUAAUCCCUACUUGAUCACAGAGCACAACAAUAUUGCUAUGAUGUAUUAUUCCUCUGGGAAUUAUUGCACUGCACUCAGACACUUUGAAAAGACGCUUGAAAUGCAACACAAAUCUCCUGAACAAAAUGACUCUAAUUUAGCCACAAUUUACAACAACAUCGGUGCAACACAUAACGCCAUGGGAGAGUAUUCAACUGCACUUGUGUACUAUCAAAAGACAUUUGAAAUGCAACAAAAAGUUCUUCCAUCAAUUGAUCCUAUACUGGCAACCACUUAUAGCAACAUGGCAUCAGUGCAUUGUAUUUUAAAGAAUUAUACGAAUGCGCUAUUCAAUUUGGAAAAGGCUCUUGAAAUCCAACAAAAAAGUCUUCCAUUCAUUCAUCCCGCACUGGCUACAACUUAUAGUAACAUCGCCGUGAUACAUAACGAGAUGCGAGACUAUGCAACUGCACUCUCCUUCUGUCAGAAGGCACUUGAGAUUCAGGAGAAAAUUCUUCCAGCCAAUCAUAUCGAUUUAGCCAUCACCUAUAACAACAUUGCUUCUGCCAUUCACCAAAAAGGAGACUUCUCUACUGCACUCUCAUUAUAUCGAAAGGCACUUGAAAUUCAACAAAAAGUUCUUCCAUCUAAUCAUCUUGCACUGGCGACGACUUACAGUAACAUUGGUUUGAUGCUUAAAUUAGCGAGAGAAUACUCCAGUGCACUUUCAUACUAUCAAGAGGCACUUGAAAUCCAAGAAAGAGUUCUUCCAUCUACUCAUUCAAAUUUAGCUCUGACUUAUAGUAAGAUUGGUGUAUUGUACUGCGCGAUUGCAGAGUAUACGAAUGCACUAUCAUUUCAUCAAAAGGCACUGAAUAUUCAAGAAAAAAUCCUUUCAUCUAUCGAUCCUGAUCUAGCCAGAACCUACAGCAACAUUGGAACGGUCUACAACGUGAUGGGUAACUACUCGAUUGCACUCACUUAUUAUGAAAAGACGCUUGAAAUUUUACAAAAAUCUUUACCAAUUACACAUCCUGAUGUUGCUACAACCUAUAGUAAUCUUGGACUAACACAUGAGUUAAUAGGAGAGUACUCAACUGCUCUGGCAUAUUUCGAAAAGACAUUUGAAAUUCAACAGACAGCACUUUCAUCCACAUCUCUUGGUCUAGCUGAUACCUACGGUGAUAUUGGUCAGAUAUAUUGUUUGACCGGAGACUACUCUACUGCACUCUCAUACUAUACAAAGGCGCUUGAAAUUCAGGAAAAAACUCUUCUACCGACUGAUCUCAAUCUAGCCUUGACCUACAACUAUAUUGGUUUCAUCCACAAUGCUAUGGCAAACCACUCCAGUGCACUUGCAUACUGUAAAAAGGCUCUAGAAAUCCAAGAAAAAGCCUUGCCAGCUGCUCAUUACUAG